AUAGAGCUGGAGAAAAGCCAGUAUUCAGAUCAUGAAAUCCGCAGGCUGGAGGAGGAGGAGCAGCUCAGGAGGAGGAAGGAGAGCAUGUGUGAUGAUGAUGAAGCACCUGGCAAAACUGUCAUUAUGGCUCAAGACCUGGAAGACAAGUGGGAACAGCAGUUACUACAAUUCAAAUCUGCUCCACGGAUAACAGAUGCUGAUAAAAACAACAAUCGAACAUCAUUGAACAGGAAGCUGGACAGUAACCUGAUGCUUCUGGUGAAACAGAAAAUCGGUAACCAGGAGCUGUGGCUCCUGCAACAAUCGAACCAGGAGCUGUGGCAGACACUGCGAAGCACAGCUGAGCGAGCCAUGGUUACGUUUUUGGGAGAUCACAUUCAAGCCAAAAUCCUGGGGAAUGCGCCGUAUGGGAUUUACAAGUAUAAAUUCCCCAGGGCCAUCAGGACUGAGGAUAACAUGGGAGCCAAAGUAUUCUUCUUCAAAGCCUUCCUCCAAAGCAGUGAUUUGUCCCAGGCAGAGCUGAAGGAAGAUUACCUGUGGGUCACAAAAGAUGAGCUGGGAGAUUACUUGAAGUUGGAAUACCUGAAAAAAGUCAAUCGAUUCCUCCUGGACUUGUAAGCGAUCAGCUGUGCUUCAGCAGAUGGGGAAGAUGUGGGAUGCAACUCCAGGGAGGAGCACAGCUGCUGCUUUGCAUGGUCUGUGUGUAUGAGAUGUUAACUUGGGCUCUGGAGGAUAAUUUGCCUUUGCCUUAUUUCCCAGUUCUCUUCACCGGGCCUGUAGUGAAUAAAUAUUAAAACUUAUACU